AAAUUGUUUAAGCGGAGGAAAUCCGGGAGCGCCAUGCCAAGCAUCUUCGGUGUGAGGAGCGGCGGCAAAAGCAAAAGCGGCGAAGGCGGCGGCGGCGGCGGGCAGGGAACGGGCAUGGUGAGGAGCAAGACCCACGACGGCCUGGCCGAGGUGCUGGAGCAGGAGAGCAGCAGGAGCGAGGCUCCAGCGGCUGUCGAGAGCGGCCGUGUGGCGGGUAGCGGGGCCGCCUCUGUGGCCGCUAAGGAAGCCGUCUCUUCCUGCUCGCCCGCGGCCGCAGCGGCGGCGGGCAAGUCGCACAGCUUCUUCUCGCUGUUGCGCAAAAACGGCCGCUCCGACGAAGGCGGCAAAAGCGAGCGAGCCAAAGGGCGCGGGGGCCUCAAAGGGCUCUUCAGCAGCAUGCGGUGGUCCCGCCGGGAAAAGCCGGGCGGCGGGGGGAAGGACGACGAGGCCGGCGAGGGCUCCGAAGGCCAGCCCAGUCCCAGCAUCCUCAACACGGGCUCCCUCACGGCCAGCCUGGAGUGCAUCAAAGAGGAGGUAGCGCCGCCAGGAGCGCCCGCUGACGCUGUCCGGACUCCCCUGGUCACUAAGGAUGGAGAACAGCCCGCAAGUCCCCUUGCCCCCGAGGUUAUGCCCACCCCGGACCUGGCACCGCAGCCGGCCCCGUGUGGGUCUGGAGGAGGAGAGGAGCUUCCCGGGAUUCUGCUCCAGGAGAAAGAGAUCCAUCCUGAAUCCACCGUUAGUGAUGGUGAAGAGAUCAUCCAGGAGGACUCGGCUAAAACAGGCUGUGGGGACAUUAUUGCUGACCAGGAAGAUGACGCGGGCAGCGGCGGUGGCAGUGGUGGAGGUGGAAGUGAGAGGAGUGCCCCUGGGAUUGUCAAAGCUGGGCCCUCCAAGAAGCCUACCGGCGUGGUGACUUACCAGGGAGGAGGAGAGGAGAUGGCCAGCCCUGAACAGGUGGGAGGUACUCAGGAAUUCUGGGAUUUAUUGUCGCACACUGAAGAGAAAUCACAGGGGACAUCAGGAAGGAUGGAAUCCCCUGAGACCUCCAAAGGUGAUAAGAUUGUCAGGAGAGUUCAGGAAGGGUCAGCAAAUGGAAAGCACAUUGGUCUUAGCCAGAUUCCAGUUCACCACCAAAAAGAAGACCAGAAAAAUAGAGAAAAGGAGCAGCAAGAAGCCAUCCCCAGCGGUGAUGAGGGCUAUUGGGAUUCUACUACACCUGGACCUGAAGAAGACAAUACUAAUAGUAUUCAGAAAGAGGUAAUUCCCAGAGACAGCUACAGUGGGGAUGCUCUCUAUGAUCUGUAUACUGAUCCAGAUGAAAACACAGCAACUGUGACUUCUGCAGAAAAUAUCACCACAGUGACUUCUUGCAAGCCAUUAUCUCCGAUAGCAACUACUUGUCCAGUCAAAACCCAUACAACUUCACUCAAGGAUUCCAAGAUACCCAUCAGUAUCAAGCAUUUUACAUCGCCACAUGGUAGCCAUGGCCAGGAUUCCAGUAAUAGCCAUCAUAUUGUACACCACCAGGCCACCAAAAGUGAGAUCCCUAGAACAAAAAUCCCUGUUUCAAAAGUGCUUGUACACCGAGCCAGUUACCGAAGCUUAGCAGGGACAACAGGUAAAACAGCCACAUAUCAUGAAAAUGCCAAAAAAUAAAAGGAAAUAAUAAUGGGCAUCCCAAUCUUUUCAGGAACCCUCUAAUAAGCAGUUUGGCCUUGACCUCAUCUAAAGGAAGACACUUCCAUGUGCCCCUUUUAUGAAUGAUGAAUGCAAGGGACAAAUGCUUCUCAAUUCCACCUUGAAAUACAAUGUGUGUGUAUGUGUGUGAGAUAUAUAUAUAUAUCUCACACACAUACACACUUUUUGAGCACUUUUUAAACAUUUGUAUCCUGUUUUUCGUUAUUCGCUAAAAUACUUUGUUGAAGGCCACUUUUCCAUGCGUUUUGUGCAAGCAGAAAUCUGAUGAAUAAUGCAAACUUGAAAGAAAGAAUAAUGAAUGAAUAAUGCAAACUUGUAUUAAGAAGACAGAGCUGUGGGAGAGAGAGGACCAAAUGAAGUUUUUCCUUAUAUACGAGCUUUUUAAAAAAAUGUUUUUGGCUUAUAUUGAAAAUGCUUGCUCCAAUAUUGUGAGAAAGUGUCAAAAAUAAUAAAAUAGUAGUAACAGCAGUAAAACUUCAGAUAUUUAAUUUGAGAUAUACAGAGCGCUGUCUAUUGUUAGCAGAUUCAGUUCAUUAAAGGUAGCUGAUUAACAAGUUAGGUGGGUUUCUAUAAUGGGAAGAGAUAUUUUUGCUUGCUUUUCUGUCUGCUUUGGAUCUGAACUAAUAUAAAUGGAUGUUCAAGACAUCUAGUGAACUUUCAGAUGUUUACAUCAAUAUUUUUCCAAUGCGUAAAAUAAUCAGGUUCCGGGGAACUUCCCUACAUGUUAAGAUAGAGGCAACUACAACAUUUAUACAAUAAAUUGUACUUCAUGUAUAAAUAGGUGCAUAUGUUACUCCUAGUGAUACAAUUUUUAAUAAUUAAAAUGUCUUUCUGUAUUUACUAGAGUUGAAGCAAAAUUAGUUUUUAUAGCUUGGUAAUUUUAUGGUUCUAAAUGUGUGGGCCUUCCUAUAAUAUUGUAAACCAGAAUUAAAAAUUUAUAUAGGCUGUACCAUCCCAGAAUAAAAACUCUAUUGUAAUGAUCCUGCAAGAUGAUGCAUGCAUCAGAGCCAAAGUUCCAGUGGUGUUUUUUUUUUUUUUCAAACCUAAUUCCUAGGAAUUUCUAAGAUAGAAUAUGUUUAGCUUAUUAGGCUGUCACUGCCAACUUGUUAAUAUUUUCAAAGAUAACAUAUUUAAACAGUUGCUUCCCUAAAUUUUAAUCUCUAUAGUUAUUAAAUAAAACAACUGGCAAACUCUUAGUCCAUCAACUGUUUGUUUGUUUUUAAUCUCAGGCAACAAUAGACAUGUUGAAGGCCACAGAAUAUAUGAGUACUACUGAAGUAGUUACUGUACAGUGUUGACAUCUUUUCAGUAAAGUAUCUUGUUAUAUGCCUAAAUAUUUAUUUUCAAGACAGGUAGGAAGGCUAGGGUGUUAUGUCAAUCCAUUUGGAAAUUAAUCCAUUUAUAAUUAAAAUUUGCUUUUAAAACCGAAUAUAGAGUAUUAACUAAAAAAGAUAACAAAUUACUUAUAUGACUAACAUUUUAGUCAUUAAGCAUUUGUUUAACCUUUUUAGCUUUUACAGUAAAUAAAGACAGGCAUUCAAAGUGCACAUCAAAAGAAUAGAGGCUAUAUACUAAUAAAGAAAAGAUAAAAUACAAGUUUGGAAUAUAGUAACAAUUGGUUAAUUGCUUAUAUUAAUUAAAUUAUAUUGAAGUACCCUAUGUAAAGCUGUGCAAAAAACAAGAUUUGUUUAUUUGUAAAGCUCAAGCUCCAAAAAGUGAAUUUAGAUACCUGAGAAUGGGCCAUUUGGGAUUUCCCCCUCUUUUUUCCCCCCAUACUGUGAACAACUGAAUCCAUAGUGUGUCAAAACAGUGUUACAAGCUAUUUUUUCAAGUAAUUUCACUUUCAUAAGUAAUUUGCUAUGCAGAGUAUAAAUGGAGGAACAUACACAACCUAUUCCUUUCUGCAUGAGGCACGUGAAACUAGUUAAGGAUGUUUUGGGAUCCUAGCCAGGUUUUUCUACUCAUGGGUCAUGCUCUGAAGUAUGGAUGUUCUGUGCUGUAAGUGGACUUUAGGUUUAUUAUCCCAAAUAGCAGCUCCCAUGCAUUACAGUAAACUGUUUUUGAAAUUUUCAAAAGGAAUUCGUAAUAUGUCUAGCUAAGAAAAAUAAAUAUGAGAUUAAAGCAAGGGUGAUCUUUGGAUUCAGCUAAUAAUGUGUCUUGAUUGUAAUAUUGCAUAUAUAGGUUCUGAUUCUCAACCACUAAGUUCUAGAAAGUAAGAAAACUGUUUCUAAUGGUUUGUAGAUAAUAUGUCGGAAACUUGAGGUGGGUUAUGUCAUCCAUUAUCCUGUGAAAGAAGCAAAAAUCAAAGCCUUUCUAUAUUUGUUAUGUAGCUGUAUAUUCAAGCCUGAAAUAUCCAUUCUAAACAUGCUUAAACAUUGGCAAUAGGUUUUGUCAUAAUAAAUGAGAUCUCCCAUGUAAAAUGCAUGCUUAUUAGAAUGUGAAGGCACUAUCUGGUGGUAUACUUUAUAUAUGGUAUUGUCUCAAAAUGUAUUUGUGGGUUGUUGCAGGUGCACUCCUUAUGCAAACCUAAUGUAUAUAUGUAUGUAUAUUCCCAUGGAUACACAUACCAUACAUGCACACAUUUCUGCAAAGUGCUAAAUGGCAUGUAUAUUAAUUUCCAAAGGAUAAGAUCAAGGAUAUACAGAGCAAUUCUGUUCAAAUCAUUUUGACAGUUGAUCACCUUUUCGUGAGAAAGGGUUUGGUUUUUAGAUUGAUUUUGCUUUAAAAAAUAGGAUGAAGAUAGUGAGUGGCUCACUUUAAUGUAGGCCCUUUCAUUGGGAAUUCUGCAACUAUAUCAGAGGAAACCAUUUUUAUUUGUACUGUAACUGUAAUAUUUUGGAAGGAAACAUGUAAAGGACACAGAACUUUAAUGCUAGUAAAUAUAUAAGAAAUGCUUGUACUGUUUUAUAUCAGUGAAGGGCAUGCUCUCCUUUUGCAUGCUUUUUAAGCAAGUCUAUCACCAUGCUCCUUGUUUUAUAAUAAUAAUAAUGCAUACAUAAGAGCUCAGGGAGCUAAAGUUACAAUGGAAAGAGAAUGUUAUCAUUUGUGAGAUGAGUUAAUUACAGAACAAAACAGUGGUGCACCAGUUAAAGUAUUAAUAAUUAAAUUUCCUUAUUUUUCUUGCAAAAUUUCAUCAUACACAUUUUGUUUAUAUGUAGUAUAUUUAUAAGAAGAAAUAAUAGAUUUCCCUUUCCAUGAAUAACUGAAGAAAUGAAACAUGUUAUCUUUGAUUUUUCUCAUUUUGUUUUAUUUUUCAUCUUCAUCUUGUCCUGUUUCUGAAAAUUAAUAAAUACCGCUCAAGGCAUAAUUUAUGAUUGAAUGUAUUCAUGAUUAAUUAGAAAUAUAUUUAAGUAGACCUUGACUUAUGAUGCUGAGUGACUGUUCAAAGUUUCAAGAGUUCAGAGUUUCAAAAUGGGACUUAUGAUCCAGAUUCAAAGUUCUAAUAUUGAUUACCCUCUGCAGUCAUGUGGCCAUGUUUUGGAUGCAGCCUGCAUUUACGGGCUUUUGCCAGUGCCCCAUAAUCGAGUGAUUGUGAUUUAUGACAUUUUUGCCUGAAACUUACAUUUGUUUUUGAUUUCUUGCAAAAAUUGCUCUGUAGUGAACAAUUGGUUCCCUUAGUGAUUGUAGUGUUCACUUAACGACUGCCACCAGAAAGGUUGUAAAACAGCACAGGGACAUGGUGACCUGCUGAAAUUGUGGGGUCAGUUACACUUGUAAGUUGAGGACUACCUGUAUGUGGUUCUGAUAAACGUACAUUUUGUAAUGUCAGGAUGAGGUUAUUAUUUCUCUCUGUUUAUUCUGUUGAAAAUGCUUGAUGCUAAUAAGGAAAAUAUUAAGGUAGCUGUUGUCUCAACAUUUGGCUGUGAAGUUAAAAUGACUGGCAUCUGGCAAAAAAAUCCGUAAGGAAGUUAAGAAGGAAUCGGUUCUCAUAUUAGUUGAUAUGACCCAGUACAGUAGCAACUCAUUUAUCUGCUAGCAGUAUUUAUAAGUUGAUGACAAUCAUAUCUUGAAAAAGAUUAAUUGAAGCCAAGUAUUUGUAUUCCUUACCAUAACAACACAGAUCUUUAUAAAUCAUGUAAAAGCCAUAGGAUGAUUCUAUCUUUGGAAGACAAAGUAUAGUUGCCAUGAAAGUAAUAUUUAUUUUAAAAGCCCAACAGUGUAUUGUUCAGAUCUUGGCUGGUUCAAAUCCAGAGCACUGGUUAAUAACAAGGAGAUAUAGCUAACCAGCCCCUUAUAACUGUUUAGUGAUUAUCUGGAUUUUUGCAAUCCAUAUUUUAAUCCAUACUUCAGCCAGAUACCAUAGUAAUAAGGUACCUGCAGCUCUUAGAAGACUAUAAUUAACAAAUAUCUGUCAUUACAUAAGACUUGUGAAUUUGCCAAGCUGUUGCUAGAAUUUAAAGAUCGGGGCACUUUACGGAAUCAAGAAAAUGUGAAACUUAUGUGGGGGAAAAAGCAAUGGAAAACUUUAGUUACUGCAGAACAUAGCAUGAGGAAAUGUCAUAUUAUUCUGGUGACAUGAAAAUUAAAAAUUUUGGUGCUUCCUUUGAAUUAGAAGUAUUUCAGUCAAAUCUUGACUCUAUCUGCAAUUACACUCCACCUACAUGCUGCUACAACCAGCAUCACUAAAAGUGGUCCUUAAUUAUAGACAAACCAUCAUUUCAUGCAAUUCAGUCUAUUCCUGUUUACUCUAAAGUAAUUUCUACUGCCCAGUGGCCUUAUUCCCAGGCAUAGUAUUAAGUAGUUAAUUGUUUUCAUAUGUUUAAUUUUGCAACUUGCAAAUGUGGCUAAUUUUUGCCAGUUCUUUUUAUUUUUAAAUAUAUAUAUUUGUAUUUUAGAAAAAUAAACAAUACCUAAGACCGUGCACUGAAAAGCAUGCUAAACAAAGUUAUGUUGGUACUCUGUAUACCCCUCUUAAUAGAUUAAUGUUUGAAGGGGGCAAAAUUAACUUAGAAAUUUAGGAAGGAAACAAAAGAUUAUCAUCCUGGAGGCAUUCUUUAGAGUUGUACAGGUGAAUCGGAGAUUCCUGUAUUUCUGCAGUCUUAAUUGGCUAAUUGGUUUUUCAGGUCCCAAAGAUGAUGUAUCCUUUAAUAAUUGUCACUAUUUUUAUUUGUUAAAGAAGACUUUAUUAAAAUUCUAUUUGGGAUGAUGCUUGUGCUGUUAUCCUGUACUUAACAUAUAAAGACUAUAUUAGAGCAGGCAUUUUAAUCUCUUUGCACUUACUGUUCACUUAGUACAUUUUAUAUGUUUUUAGAAAAUGCAUACUAUAGUAUAGUUCUAGUAUUUUAUAUCACAUGUUUUUAGGAAACUAUUUUCAGAAGGAGGUACUUUUUUCUCUUAGUAGUAUGAACUGCCUUGUUCACCCCUAGUUUACUCUCAUAGAUACAAAAUUUGUGCUGAAAAUGUGGUCUGCAUUUGACACAAAGAGUUCAUUCUCAUUUCAGUGUACAUGCAUUGCUCUUUAUUGGCAGAAAUCCACAACCCACUUAUUCUACAGCAAUUCAAUUGACUUUAGUGUGGGAUAAAUGGGAUGUGGAUUGUAGCCAUCUGCAGUCAUGGGAAUAAAGCACAUGGAAUAGAUUUAAAACAGCCCUGACAUUACAAAGCAAAUGCAUGAUUGGUGUUACUGAAGAAGCAAACUGAUUACCCUGUAAACAUCCUGACUAGUCAAUGAAGAAAAAGCACACAAAAUUGGUAGUAUUUUUUGUUUAUAAAUUAAUCUUGGGCGAUUCCAUUUCUGGUUAAUUUUUCAUGCCCUCUACUGAAUUAUUUAUUAACACUUAAAUGAUAUUGCAUCAAAGUCCUUGAUCUGGUAUCUGAUUCUGAAGGUAAUUCCAGCAUGCUUCUGUAUCAGAGCAAAUUGCCAUGGUUUUGCCUUGUGAAGCAAAACUACUAGUUAGUCUGGAAAUUUAUGGGAUUGCCAAGAUACAAGGGAGCUCUCUGAUUCUGCACCUGACCUCACUCUGAAGCUUUUCAUGCUGUUAACAGCAUGGUCUCAUAAACAUUUUUGUUUUUGUUUUGGAUAAUGCUUAUGAAUAAAGUUUUGAUUCCACGAUAUAGUACAGAAGCGACGUUUUGUAAGAAAAUAGGAUGUAUGGGGAACUGCAUUAUUACUGAUAGGAAGUUAUAUUGCUUUUGUGUUUAGGUGAGAAAGAACAUACUUUAUCAAGGCUAUGAUAGAGUAGAAAUUGAUAUAUUUAUACACUAAAUAGUGCAACAAUAUGUUCCAGAUUUCUCCUUUUGUAAACAGACAUCACAUAUAUGUUCAUGCGUAAUUUUAUUCACCCUAUUCCCAUUCUGAGUAGAUCAUAAUCAUAAGGUCUUUUAAAUAUUUAUGGAAUAUAUUCUGCUACAAUGGAACAAUAUGAUUUGAAACCAGAUGGUGGAUACAAUGAAACUUGACGCUAAAAGUUGAGUGUAAAUUGCAUGGAUUUCCAAUUUUGUCGUUAAAAAUACCUAUUUAUGGACAGCAUGAUUCCGAAUAUGGACAAGGGGGAUUUAACUUUCAUCUCGUGUGCUGUGUUGCAAUCCAUCCAUCCCUACUUUAACUGUAGAGAGGGGGGGAAAACAAAUAUUGUAGCUGAAGCUCCAAAAUUUUACAAAUAUAAUACUUCACAAAUGUAGGAUACCAUAACUGACAUAUGAAGUCUGGUUCUGGUACUUGCAUUCUCAAAUAGAUGUGAAGAAGGUAUCAUCACUUCACCCUGUCCAAUCCCAUAGUUAUUCUGAUGCCAGAGCUUCCAGUCUUUCAGAAAAUUUGGUCUCUUCAAAUGUGUUCAAUAUGUGCCUGAUAUUAUUACAUGUUUCAAAAACCCAGGGAUUACCAAAGAGCCAAGGCUGGGACUCCUUGUCAAACAUGAAUUUGGUGGCAAAUCUGAGUUUAUUGUAACCUGAAAUAUGAAAACAUAUAUCUACCCAUGAGAUGAACGUUUUAUUACCAUGCGAAGCGAUAAGCACAACAGUUAUGGUGACUUGAGUUCUUUGCCAUAAGCAAUAGUGCAUUUACUGAAUGUGCAGACAUCUCUUCCUUUUGUGCUUUUAAAUUGUUUUUAACCCUUUUAUUUGCUGUAUUUCCCUGAUUUUGCUUGACAUCUAUGACAUUCUGUGUUGAAUCUUUAGGCAAAGUAGCAGUAAUAAUUAUUUUUUGAACAGAUAUAGUACCAGUAAUUAAUAUAACUAAACUGAGAAGAAUAAAAUAAAACAAUGCAAGCUAUUUCUUAAAAAUUGAACUCAGGGGCUCAUUAGAGGUAGAAAUUAAAAUGUAAAGCUGCAAACUGGUAGGAAAAUAUGGGAAUCUAGAAUAUAGUAACAUUUCAUUCAUAUUUGUUAUUGAGUUCAGAGAAUUAGAACAAACUUGGGAAUCUCAAUUAAAAUGCAAUCCACUUCCAUCAUUGAUACCAUUUUAAUUCUCUUAAAGCCAUGAGUUAAGAUAAUCCCAAAGUUUGCAUUAAACUGCUUUUUUAUAUCCCAUAUUUUGGAGUGACCUGAUUAAUACUAUCUAUUUGAAUUAAGCACACAAAAUCUAACAUGUAAGAGAGUGUCAAAAUCCCAGUGGCCCUGCAUCUCUGUAUUCUAUACAUUUAUAGAAAAUCCCUUCACAUCUGAUGUGUUACUCGGUUAUAGGCUGUGAGUAUUAUUGCUUGUACCACUUGUUUAAAGUGGAUUUGUAUUAUGUAUCGCAAAUCUAUUUUUCACUUCCACUCAUAUAUAGUCACAAGCCCGCUUCAGAUUAUGAAUGCAUUCUAAAUGUAAUGCUCUCUGCUUUGAUACUACAUAUUUUCUUGUGUAGUUUUAUUCUACUCAUCUUUCAUAGCCUGAUCAGAUUGCUUUUGGCAUGACUUCCUUACAUUGCUAUUCUACAUUUUCUCUCUGCUUAUACUGUAUAUUCCAUGCUUAUUUAUUUUGCCCUAAUGCCAGCAAUAAUGAUAUCCUAGUUAUCUUUCAUUCAGUUUGCUUUUUGCCAGCGAUACUUUCUCCAUACCCAUCCCCUUUCAGUCAACCAGAAGUGCAUUUUCCAGGCAAAUUUUCCUUUUUUUCCUGCCAAAUAUCUCUUCUCCUGCAGUCUAAGCACACUGCAGGGUGCAUAUGCAUUGUUUAUAAGUAUGUCACAUAGCAUCAGUCAAACAUUUCUGUGAACAUCUUCAUUGGUGCAUUUUUUAUGAGCAGCCCACUCCAUUCUGCUAUCUUGUCAGAAUUGUAUUAUUGCAUUCUCCAAAAUAGACAAAGUUUAAUUGACAAAUGAUAUAGUUCAUUUAAAAGAAUAAUGUGGGGUUUGCUGAUCAGUAGUACUAUUUUAAAGAAUCUACUUUGCUUUGUACUAGGUGCCAGUGUGCUUUGUAAAAAUUAUUACCUUUCAUGAUAGAGAACUGUUGUUUAUUUCAUUUCUCUCUCAACAUGCAACAAAAGUGUACAAGGUAUGGAGAAAGAGAAUUUAUCCUUCCAUGAGCUAUCAUUCUGACUAAAAUUAAUGCAGUCAGUGUUUUAAGGAAAGGUGAAUGUUUCCAGGUAGUACAGAACAAAUACUACAUCAUAAGCUUCAAUCAUUUUAUGCAUGGCAUCAGCAUAGUUGAAAAAUAAUAAAAUAUAUGCCACCACCUUCUUUGUUAUUUUUGAAUGUGCAGAAAUCAUUUAAAAGACUUUGUGAUGAUUCCUACCCUCCUCAAAAGCUGUAUAUUUAUUUCAGAACAUUUCAUGCAAAAUGAAAAGCUUUGAUUUUGAGUAUCAGUCAACUGAAGUGAAAAGAGUUUAUGUAACCUGUCAGUAAAAUACCUGAACAAUUCCUGAAUGGCACCCUCACUUCUUUUUAAAGGUUUGCUUUACUAGCAGAUGGAAAUCCAAUUGUUUUCCAUAUUUUGAUGAUCUCCCCCAUCACAUUUAUGUGCAAACUACAUUUAUUGCUGUUGCUUUGUUCAACCAGUAAUGCUACCAGCAAUUCAGUCCAGGAUUAACACUUGGUGUUUGACCUGUACAAUUUAAAAUUAACACAACCAAUACCAAACUUAAUUUAGUUUGUGAUGGUAGAAAAGGGAUCAGAUCCUUUCAAGUACAGUAAAUUGAAUGUGCUGUCUACUGUGCUAUCUGCCUCUCCUCAUUUUGUAGUUUAUUGUAUGCUUUCUUUUAUAAUUUUAAUUUGAAUUAUUAAAGAAAAAGAAAUAUUUUAGCAAGUUGAUAAUACUGGUUUGGGAUUGUAAGGAUGAUAAUAAUGAUUUUUUUGUGUUUCAUUAAAGAAGUCAUUGAAGUAUCUAAACAGUUCAGUCUAUUUUUUUUUUCAUACAGAAGUAAAGUAAGUAUACAGAACUAAAAGUAGUUUUUGCUGUUUGGAUAAUUAUUUAAUUUUUGGUUUAUGACAUAAUGAUGUUAUUUACAAUUGCAGUCCAGCCAAAGUUAUGUUAUUUAACAUGAACUGAUGUUGACUGAGCAGUCAUGAAUCCUAAAAGUAGUUGCCAUGGACUACAAAGGAAGAUCUAGGAUGCAAAUGUGUGUCUGGUGUGAUAAAUAUUUCUCCUGAUUCAGUAAAGCAAAUCCAUGUCUAGAACUAGCCUUUUGUUUGUGGGUACUUGCACUGAAGAAUAGAAUUACACCCAUGAAUUGUAAUUACUCAGUAUAUGUACUUGUCUUCAAUGACUACUGCAUCAGGGCCAUGGUUUCUAGCUUCCAUAAUAAAACAGAAACCUCUAAUCGGAAUACUGAUGUAGCAUUCAUCAUGUAAGUCUCAGUGAGCCUAGAAGAUCCAUACAGUAGAACCUCUGGUCACGACAUAAUUCGUUCCAUAACUUGGUUCUCAAAUUGAUUUGGUUGUGACCCAAACCUAAUUUUGGAAAUUUGGCGCUUAGAAAAAAAUGGCACAGAAGGGGAAAUUGAUCAUGGGGGGAAAAAGUGAAUAUUUUGGUCCUAACCCGAUUCGGUUGUGGUCAGUAGUAUUCGUGACCAGAGGUUCUACUGUAUGUUGUUUCUGGUACCUUCUAGCAUAUCGGUGUUUGUCCAAAGAGUUACUUCAACCUCUACAGCUGCUGAGAUUAUUAUAACAUGUAAGGCACAAUAUGCCUGUCAAUAAUUUCAGUUGAUUGACAAUAAUAAUGGCAGAGUCAUCUCCAAGUUCAAUCUUGAGUAUCUUCAGGUGAAUCUAAGAAACAGCUGGGGGAUAAUCUGCUAGCCUGUGAGAACAACAUGGAAUUAGAUGGAGUGUAAAAGGAGCUGCUGACGUUUCUUUCCAAGUUCUUUAAACAACCAUGAAGGAAAAUACAGUGCUUACUUUUGAAAGAUCCAGAACAGACUUGAUACAAGCUGACUGAGAUAGAUUUGUAUUGUUAUAAAAUAUUGAUUUGGUAAAUUGCACUCAGCAUAUUGCAACUGACAGUUCAUUUUUAACUACACAGUUUUUUCCUGUUGUGCCAUUUCUGCUCAGCUUGUUACCAGUGCAAUAGCAUUAAAAAUAAAUCCAGAAUUUCUCUCUUCAUUUCACCUUGCUCAGAAAUCAAAUAUGCUGUGUGUUGUGAGUAAUAAAAACUAUAAGACACCAACUGUACAAACAAUGUAACUUAACACAUGAUU